AUGAAAUCACCCACCCAGCCACACCACACAGCAAAACGAAAGGCCAGAAAAUCAUUCUUUUCACCCAGCCACACAGCAAAACGAAAGGCCAGAAAAUCAUUAUUCACCCAGCCACACAGCAGAAAAUCAAAACGAAAAACGAAAGGGGCCAGAAAAUCAUUCUUUUUCACCCAGCCACACAGCAAAACGAAAAACCAGAAAAUCAUUCUUUCAUCCAGCCACACAGCAAAACGAAAGGCUAGAAAAAAUUAUUCUUUCAUCCAGCCACACAGCAAAAACGAAAGGCCAGAAAAAAACAUCUCUUUCAUCCAGCCACACAGCAAAACGAAAGGCCAGAAAAUCAUUCUUUCAUCCAGCCACAGCAAAACGAAAGGCCAGAAAAUCAUUCUUUCAUCCAGCCACACAGCAAAACGAAAGGCCAGAAAAUCAUUCUUUCAUCCAGCCACACAGCAAAACGAAAGGCUGAAAAUCAUUCUUUUCAUCCAGCCACACAGCAAAAACGAAAGGCCAGAAAAAUUCUUUCAUCCAGCCACACAGCAAAACGAAAGCCAGAAAAUCAUUUUUCAUCCAGCCACACAGCAAAACGAAAGGCCAGAAAAUCAUUCUUUCAUCCAGCACAGCAAAACGAAAGGGCCAGAAAAUCAUUCUUUUUCAUCCCAGCCACAGACAGCAAAACGAAAGGCCAGAAAAUCAUUCUUUCAUCCAGCACACAGCAAAAAACGAAAGGCCAGAAAAAUCAUUCUUUCACCCAGCCAACACAUGAAAACGAAAGGCCAGAAAAAAUUCUUUCAUCCAGCCACACAGCCACACAGCAGCAAAACGAAAGGCCAGAAAAUCAUUCUUUUCAUCCAGCCACACAGCAAAACGAAAGGCCAGAAAAUCAUUCUUUCAUCCAGGCCACACAGCAAAAACAAAAAAAUUGUUCUUCAUCCAGCCAAAAAGGAAAGGCCAGAAAAUCAUUCUUUCAUCCAGCCACAGCAAAACGAAAGGCCAGAAAAUCAUUCUUUCAUCCAGCCACACAGCAAAACGAAAGGCCAGAAAAAUCAUUCUUUCAUCCAGCCACACAGCAAAAACGAAAGCCGAAAGGCCAAAAUCAUUUUUUCAUCCAGCCACACAGCAAAACGAAAGGCCAGAAAAUCAUUUUUUCACCCAGCCACACAGCAAAACGAAAAGGCCAGGAAAACUAUUCUUUCUUCAUCCAGCCACAGCAAAACGAAAGGCCAGGAAAAUCAUUCUUUCAUCCACACACAGCAAAACGAAAGGCUGAAAAUCAUUCUUUCAUCCAGCCACACAGCAAAACGAAAGGCCAGAAAAAAUUACCUUUCAUCCAGCCAAGGCCAGCCACACACAGCAAAACGAAAGGCCAGAAAAUCAUUCUUUUCAUCCAGCCACACAGGCAAAACGAAAGGCCAGAAAAUCAUUUUUCAUCCAGCCACACAGCAAAAAUUGAAAGGCCAGAAAAAUCAUUCUUUCAUCCAGCCACACAGCAAAACGAAAGGGCCAGAAAAUCAUUCUUUCAUCCAGCCACACAGCAAAACGAAAGGCCAGAAAAAAUCAUUCUUUCAUCCACACAGCAAAACGAAAGGCCAGAAAAAAUCAUUCUUUCAUCCCAGCCACACAGCAAAACGAAAGGCCAGAAAAAUCAUUCUUUCAUCCAGCCACACAGCAAAAAAAUCGAAAACGGCCAGAAAAUCAUUCUUUCAUCCAGCCACAGCAAAACGAAAAGGCCAGGAAAUCAAUCUUUCACCCACACCAGCAAAACGAAAGGCCGGAAAAUCAUUUUUUCACCCAGCCACACAAAAAACGAAAGGCCAGAAAAUCAUUCUUUCACCCAGCCACACAGCAAAACGAAAAGGCCAGAAAAGGCUAAAACGAAAAAAUCAUUCUUUUCAUCCAGCCACACAGCAAAACGAAAGGCCAGAAAAUCAUUCUUUCAUCCAGCCACACAGCAAAACGAAAGGCCAGAAAAUCGUUCUUUCAUCCAGCCACAGCAAAAACGAAAGGCCAGAAAAUCAUUCUUUCAUCCAGCCACACAGCAAAAACGAAAGGCCAGAAAAUCAUUCUUUUCAUCCAGCCACACAGCAAAACGAAAGGCCAGAAAAUUAUUCUUUCAUCCAGCCACACAGCAAAACGAAAGGCCAGAAAAAUCAUUCUUUCAUCCACCACACAGCAAAACGAAAGGCCAGAAAAUCAUUCUUUCCAGCCACACAGCAAAACGAAAGGCCAGAAAUCAUUCUCAUCCAGCCACACAGCAAAACGAAAGGCCAGAAAAUCAUUCUUUCACCCAGCCACACAGCAAAUCAUUCUUUUUCAUCCAGCCACACAGCAAACGAAAGGCCAGAAAAUCAUUCUUUCAUCCAGACACACAGCAAAACGAAAGGCCAGAAAAUCAUUCUUUCACCCAGCCACACAGCAAAACGAAAGGCCAAGAAAAUCAUUCUUUCAUCCAGCCACACAGCAAAACGAAAAGGCCAGAAAAUCAUUCUUUCACCCAGCCACACAGCAAAACGAAAAGGCCAGAAAAAUCAUUCUUUCAUCAGCCACACAGCAAAACGAAAGGCCAUUCUUUCAUCCAGCCACAGCAAAACGAAAGGCCAGAAAAUCAUUCUUUUUCACCCAGCCACACAGCAAAACGAAAGGCCAGAAAAGCCACCCAGCCACAAGAAAAACGAAAGGCCAGAAAAUCAUUCUUUCAUCCAGCCACAACAGCAAAAAAAUUCUUUCAUCGAAAGGCCAGAAAAUCAUUCCAUCCAGCCACACAGCAAAACGAAAGGCCAGAAAAUCAUUUUUCACCCAGCCACACAGCAAAACGAAAGGCCAGAAAAUCAUUCUUUUUCAACCAAACAUGCAAAACGAAAGGCAGAAAAUCAAAACGAAACGAAAGGCCAGAAAAAUCAUUCUUUCAUCCAGCCACACAAAAAAAGGCCAGCAAAACGAAAAAAAGGCCUGAAAAACAUUCUUUCACCCAGCCACACAAAAAACGCAAACGAAAACGGCCAGAAAAUCAUUCUUUCACCCAGCCACACAAAAACGAAAGGCCAGAAAAUCAUUCUUUUCAUCAGCCACAGCAAAACGAAAAGGCCAAAAUCAUUAUUUUCAUCCAGCCACAGAAAAACGAAAGGCUGCCAGAAACAUUCUUUCAUCCAGCCACAGCAAAAAACGAAAGGCCAGAAAAUCAUUCUUUCAUCCACAGCAAAACGAAAGGCCAGAAAAUCAUUCUUUCACCCACAGCAAAACGAAAGGCCAGAAAAAUCAUUCUUUUCACCCAGCCAAAACAAAACGAAAGGCCAGAAAAUCAUUCUUUUCACCCAGCCACACAGCAAAACGAAAGGCCAGAAAAUCAAUCUUUUCACCCAGCCACACAGCAAAACGAAAGGCCAGAAAAUCAUUCUUUCACCCAGCCACACAGCAAAACGAAGGCCACAUUCUUUCAUCCAGCCAAAAAACGAAAGGCCAGCAUUCUUUCACCCAGCCACACAGAAAACUAAAAUGAAAAAUCAUUCUUUCACCCAGCCACACACAGCAAAACGAAAAGGCCAGAAAAUCAUUUUUCACCCAGCCACACAGCAAAAAAUCAACCCAGCCACACAGCAAAACGAAAGGCUAAAAAUCAUUCUUUCGCCACUACAGCAAAACGAAAGGCCAGGAAAAAUCAUUUUUCAUCCAGCCACACAGCAAAACGAAAGGCCAGAAAAAAAAUCAUUCUUUCCGCAGCCAAAAACGAAAGGCCAGAAAAUCAUUCUUUUCAUCCAGCCACACAGCAAAACGAAAGGCCAGAAAAUCCAUUCUUUCACCCAGCCACACAGCAAAACGAAAGGCCAGAAAAUCAUUCUUUUCAUCCCCAGCCACACAGCAAAACGAAAGGCCAGAAAAUCAUUCUUUCAUCCAAAACACAGAAAAUCAUUCUUUCAUCCAGCCACAAAAAACGAAAGGCCAGAAAAUCAUUCUUUCACCCAGCCACACAGCAAAACGAAAAGAACAGAAAAUCAUUCUUUCAUCCAGCCACACAGCAAAACGAAAGGCCAGAAAAAUCAUUCUUUCAUCCAGCCACACAGCAAAACGAAAGGCCAGAAAAUCAUUCUUUCACCCAGCCACAAAAACGAAAGGCCAGAAAAAUCAUUCUUUCACCCAGCCACAGCAAAACGAAAGGCCAGAAAAUCAUUCUUUCAUCCAGCCACAGCAAAACGAAAGGCCAGAAAAUCAUUCUUUCACCCAGCCACACAGCAAAACGAAAGGCCAGAAAAAUCAUUCUUUCACCCAGCCACACAGCAAACGAAAGGCCAGAAAAAUCAUUCUUCAUCCAGCCACAGCAAAACGAAAGGCCAGAAAAUCAUUCUUUCACCCAGCCACACAGCAAAACGAAAGGCUGUAAAAUCAUUCUUUCACCAGCCACACAGGCAAAACGAAAGUGGCCAGAAAAUCAUUCACCCAGCCACACAGCAAAACGAAAGGCCAGAAAAUCAUUCUUCAUCCAGCCACACAGCAAAACGAAAGGCAAAAAUUUCUUUCACCCAGCCAUUAGCAAAAACGAAAAGGCCAGAAAAUCAUUUUUUCAUCCAGCCACACCAGCCACACAGCAAACGAAAGGCCAGAAAACCAUUUCUUCAUCCAGCCACACAGCAAACGAAAGCGCUAGAAAACAUUCUUUCACCCAGCCACAGCAAAACGAAAGGCCAGAAAAUCAUUCUUCAUCCAGCCACACACCACACAGCAAAAACGAAAGGCCAGAAAAAUCAUUUUUUCACCCAGCCACAGAAACAAAACGAGGCUGAGAAAAUCAUCCAGCCACAGCAAAACAAAGGCAAAACGAAAAACCAGAAAAUCAUUCUUUCACCCCAGCCACACAGCAAACGAAAGGCCAGAAAAAUCAUUCUUUCACCCCAGCCACACAGCAAAACGAAAGGCCAGAAAAUCAUUCUUUCAUCCAGCCACACAGCAAAACGAAAGGCCAGAAAAGAAAUCAUUCUUUCAUCCAGCCACACAGCAAAACGAAGGCCAGAAAAUCAUUCUUUCAUCCAGCCACACAGUAAAACGAAAGGCCAGAAAAAUCAUUCUUUCACCCAGCCACACAGCAAAACGAAAGGCCAGAAAAUCAUUCUUUCAUCCAGCCACAGCAAAACGAAAGGCCAGAAAAUCAUUCUUUCACCCAGCCACACAGCAAAACGAAAAGGCCAGAAAAUCAUUCUUUCACCCAGCCACACAGCAAAGGAAAUCAUUCUUUCAUCCAACACAGCAAAACCUUUCACCAGAAAGGCCAGAAAAACAUUCUUUCACCCAGCCACACAGCAAAACGAAAGGCCAGAAAAACCAUUCUUUCACCCAGCCACACAGCAAAACGAAAGGCCAGAAAAUCAUUCUUUCAUCCAGCCACAGCAAAACGAAAGGCCAGAAAAACCAUUCUUUCAUCCAGCCACACAGCAAAACGAAAGGCCAGAAAAAUCAUUCUUUCAUCCAGCCACAGCAAAACGAAAGGCCAGAAAAUCAUUCUUUCACCCAGCCACACAGCAAAACGAAAGGCCAGAAAAUUUUCUUUCAUCAGCCACACAGCAAAACGAAAGGCCAGAAAAUCAUUCUUUCAUCCAGCCACACAGCAAAACGAAAGGCCAGAAAAUCAUUCUUUCAUCCCAGCCACACAGCAAAACGAAAGGCCAGAAAAUCAUUCUUUCACCCCAGCCACACAGCAAAACGAAAGGCCAGAAAAAUCAUUCUUUCCCAGCCACACAGCAAAACGAAAGGCCAGAAAAUCAUUCUUUCACCCAGCCACACAGCAAAACGAAGGCCAGAAAAUCAUUCUUUCAUCCCGCGACACAGCAAAACGAAAGCCAGAAAAAAAGGCGUUCGUUCUUUCACCACACAGCCACACAGCAAAACGAAAGCCAGAAAAUCAUUCUUUCAUCCAGCCACACAGCAAAACGAAAGGCCAGAAAAUCGAACAAGCAGAAAAUCUUUCAUCAACCACACAGCAAAACGAAAGGCCAGAAAAAUCAUUCUUUCACCCAUCCACACAGCAAAACGAAAGGCCAAAAAUCAUUCUUUCAUCCAGCCACACAGCAAAACGAAAGGCCAGAAAAUCAUUCUUUCACCCAGCCACACAGCAAAACGAAAGGCCAGAAAAUCAUUCUUUCACCCAGCCCACACAGCAAAACGAAAGGCCAGAAAAUCAUUCUUUCAUCCAGCCACACAGCAAAACGAAAACGGCCAGAAAAUCAUUCUUUCACCCAGCCACACAGCAAAACAAAAAUGAAAAUCAUUCUUUCCCAGCCACACAGCAAACGAAAGGCCAGAAAAAUCAUUCUUUCACCCAGCCACACAGCAAAACGAAAACGGCCAGAAAAUCAUUCUUUCACCCAGCCACACAAAAAACGAAAGGCCAGAAAAUCAUUCUUUCACCCAGCCACACAGCAAAACGAAAGGCCAGAAAAAAUCAUUCUUUCACCCAGCCACACAGCAAAACGAAAGGCCAGAAAAUCAUUCUUUCACCCAGCCACACAGCAAAACGAAAGGCCAGAAAAAUCAUUCUUUCACCCAGCCACAGCAAAACGAAGGCCAGAAAAUCAUUCUUUCACCCAGCCACACAGCAAAACGAAACACCAGAAAAAAAUCAUUCUUUCAUCCAGCCACACAGCAAAACGAAAGGCCAGAAAAUCAUUCUUUCACCCAGCCCACACAGCAAAAAACGACAGCAAAACGAAAGGCCAGAAAAUCGUUCUUUUCAUCAGCCACCACACAGCAAAACAGAAAGGCCAGAAAAAAUCAUUCUUUCAGCCACACAGCAAAACUAAAGGCCAGAAAAUCCUUUCAGCCACACACAAAACGAAAGGCCAGAAAUCAAAAGCAAAACGAAGGCCAGAAAAUCGUUCUUUCACCCAGCCCACACAGCAAAACAAAACUGAAAGGCCAGAAAAUCAUUCUUUCACCCAGCCACAGCAAAACGAAAGGCCAGAAAAUCAUUCUUUCAUCCAGCCACACAAAAGCAAAAAUGUUCUUUCAUCCAGCCACACGAAAGGCCAGAAAAUCAUUCUUUCACCCAGCCACACAGCAAAACGAAAAAAAUCAUUCUUUCAUCCAGCAGAAAAAUCAUUCUUUCAUCCACCACACAGCAAAACGAAAGGCCAGAAAAUCAUUCUUUCAAAGCCAAAAGUGAAAAAUCACCGCAGCAAAACCAGCAAACGAAAAAAACAUUCUUUCAUCCAGCCACACAGCAAAACGAAAGGCCAGAAAAUCAUUCUUUCAUCCAGCCACACAAAAACGAAAACGGCCAGAAAAUCAUUCUUUCAAAACGAAAGGCGAAAAUCCACACAGCAAAACGAAAGGCAGAAAAAAUCAUUCUUUCACCCAACCACACAGCAAAACGAAAGGCCAGAAAAUCAUUCUUUCAUCCAGCCACACAAAACGCAAAAAUCGAAAGGCCAGAAAAUCAUUCUUUCAUCCAGCAAAACACAGCAAAAACGAAAACGAAACCAGAAAAUCAUUCUUUCAUCCAGCCACACAGCAAAACGAAAAAGGCCAGAAAAAUCAUUCUUUCUCACCCAGCCACACAGCAAAACGAAAAACAGGCCAGAAAAUCAUUCUUUCAUCCAGCCACACAGCAAAACGAAAGGCCAGAAAAUCAUUCUCUCCACCCAGCCACACGAGCAAAACGAAAGGCCAGAAAAAAUCAUUCUUUCAUCCAGCCACACAGCAAAAACGAAAGGCCAGAAAAAUCAUUCUUUCACCCAGCCACACACAGCAAAACGAAAGGCCGAAAAUCAUUCUUCUUUCAUCCAGCCACACAGCAAAACGAAAGGCCAGAAAAUCAUUCUUUCACCCAGCCACAAACAAAAAUGCAAAACUUUCAUCCCAGCCACAGAAAACGAUCAUUCUUUCAUCCACCACACAGCAAAACGAAAGGCCAGAGAAUCAUUCUUUCAUCCAGCCACACAGCAAAACGAAAGGCCAGAAAAUCCCAUUCUUUCACCCAGCCACACAGCAAAACGAAAGGCCAGAAAAUCAUUCUUUCAUCCAGCCACACAGCAAAACAAAGGCCACAUUCUUUCAUCCAGCCAAAAACGAAAGGCCGAAAAUCAUUCUUUCAUCCAAAAAACGACAACAGAAAACGGCCAGAAAAUUGUUCUUUCAUCCAGCCACACAGCAAAACGAAAGGCCAGCAAAACGAAAGGUCAUUCUUUCAUCCAGCCACACAGCAAAACGAAAGGCCAGAAAAUCAUUCUUUCAUCCAGCCACACAGCAAAACGAAAGGCUUUCAUCCAGCCACAAAUCAUUCUUUCAUCCAGCCACACAGCAAAACGAAAGGCCAGAAAAAUCAUUCUUUCAUCCAGCCACAAUAAAACGAAAGGCCAGAAAAUCAUUCUUUCAUCCAGCCACACAGCAAAACGAAAGGCCAGAAAAUCAUUCUUUCACCAGCCACACAGCAAAACGAAGGCGAAAAUCAUUCUUUCGUCCAGCCACACAGCAAAACGAAGGCCAGAAAUCGUUCUUUCACCAGCCACACAGCAAAACGAAGAACAGAAAAUCAUUCUUUCAUCCAGCCACACAGCAAGAGCAGAGGCCGGAAAGUCGUUCUUUCCACCUGACCACGGCAAAACGAAAGGCCAGAAAAUCGUUCUUUCGCAGCCACACAGCAAAACGAAGGCCAGAAAAUCGUUCUUUCACCCAGCCACGGCAAAACGAAGGCCGGAAAAUCGUUCUGCCCAGCCACAGCAAACGAAAGGCCGAAAAUCCAAACGAAAGGCCAGAAAAUCGUUCUUUCACCAACCACGCACAGCAAAACGAAAGGCCAGAAAAUCAUUCUCAUCCAUCCACAGCAGCAAAACGAAAGGCCAGAAAAUCGUUCUUUCAUCCAGCCACACAGCAAAACGAAAGGCGAAAACGGCCAGAAAAUCAUUCUUUCACCCCCAGCCACAGCAAACGAAAGGCCAAAAAUCAUUCUUUUCAUCCAGCCACACAGCAAAACAAAGAAAGGCCAGAAAAGCAUUCUUUCACCCACCACACAGCAAAACGAAAGGCAAAACGAGAAAAUCGUUCUUUCACCCAGCCACACAGCAAAACGAAAGGCCAGAAAAUCGUUCUUUCAUCCAGCCACACAGCAAAACGAAAGGCCAGAAAAUCGUUCUUUCGCAGCCACUCAGCAAAACGAAACGGCCAGAAAAUCGUUCUUUCACCCAGCCACACAGCAAAUCCACGAAAACGGCCAGAAAAUCAUUCUUUCACCCAGCCACACAGCAAAACGAAAGGCCAGAAAAUCAUUCUUUCAUCCAGCCACACACAGCAAAACGAAAAUGCCAAAAAUCAUUCUUUCACCCAACCACACGUAAAACGAACGGCCAGAAAAUCAUUCUUUCGCAACCACACAGCAAAACGAAAGGCCAGAAAAAUCAUUCUUUCAUCCAUCCACACACAGCAAAACUGAAGGCCAGAAAAUGUUCUUUUCCUGCCCCAAUACACAGCAAAACGAAGGCCAAAAAUCAUUCUUUCACCCCAGCCACACAGCAAAACGAACGGCCAGAAAAAUCAUUUCUUUCGCCCACCCACAGCAAAACGAAAGGCCAGAAAAUCAUUCUUUCGUCCAGCCACAGCAAAGCGAAACGCCAGAAAAUCGUUCUUUCACCCCGCCCACAGCAAAACGAAAGAACAGAAAAUCAUUCUUUCAUCCAACCACACAGCAAAACCCGGAAAAAUCAUUCUUUCACCCAGCCACACAGCAAAACGAAAGGCCAGAAAAUCGUUCUUUCGUCAGCCACACAGCAAAACGAAAGGCCAGAAAAUCAUUCUUUCGCAACCACACAGCAAAACAAAGGCCAAAAAUCAUUCUUUCAUCCAGCCACACAGCAAAACGAAAUGAAAAUCAUUCUUUCACCCAGCCCACAACAAAACGAAGAACAGAAAAUCAUUCUUUCAUCCAGCCACAGCAAAACGAAAAGCCAGAAAAUCAUUCUUUCAUCCAGCCACACAGCAAAACGAAAGGCCAGAAAAUCAUUCUUUCACCCAGCCACACAGCAAAACGAAAGGCCAGAAAAUCAUUCUUUUCACCCACAGCACACACAGCAAAACGAAAGGCCAGAAAAUCAUUCUUUCAUCCCCAGCCACAGCAAAACGAAGGCCAGAAAAAUCCCAUUCUUUCACCCAGCCACAGCAAAACGAAAGGCCAGAAAAUCAUUCUUUCACCCCAACCCACACAGCAAAACGAAAAGCCAAUCGUUAUUUCACUGCAAACACAGAAAACGGCCAGAAAAUCAUUCUUUCAUCAACCACACAGUGAAACGAAAGCCAGAAAAUCAUUCUGCUCAUCCAGCCACACAGCAAAACGAAAAAACCAGAAAAUCGUGCUCGCAGCCACACAGCAAAACGAAAAUGAAAAUCGUUCUUUCGUCCAGCCACACAGCAAAACGAAAGGCAGAAAAUCGUUCUUUCAUCCAACCCACACAGCAAACAGAAAAGGCGAAAAUCGUUCAUUCGUCAGCCACAGCAGCAAAACGAAAGGCAGAAAAUCGUUCUUUCACCCACCACAGCAAAACGAAGGCCAGAAAAAUCAUUCUUUCACCAGCCACACAGCAAAACGAAAGGCCAGAAAACCAUUCUUUCCCCAUCCCAACCACAGAACAAAAACGAAAGGCCAGAAAAUCAUUCACUCAUCCAGCCACACAGCAAAACGAAAGGCCAGAAAAUCAUUCUUUCACCAGCCACAUCAAAACGAAAGGACAAAAUCAUUCUUUCAUCAACCACACAGCAAAAACGAAAAUAUUGAAAAAUCCCCCAAAAAAUCAUUCUUUCAUCCACAACAAAACGAAAGGCCAGAAAAUCAUUCUUCCGCAAAACGAAACGGGCCAGAAAAUCAUUCUUUCACCUAACCACACAGUAAAACGAAAGGCCAGAAAAAAUCAUUCUUUCGCAGCCACAGCAGCAAACGAAAGGCCAGAAAAUCAUUCUUUCAUCCAGCCACCAGCAAAACAGGCCAAAAAUCAUUCUUCAUCCAGGCAAAACCAGAAAAUCGUUCUUUCCCACACAGCAAAAACGAAAGGCCAGAACAUCAUUCGUUCUCACCCAGCCAAUAUUGUAAAACAGAAAGGCCAGAAAAUCAUUCUUUCAUCCAGCCACACAGCAAAACGAAAGGCCAGAAAAUCAUUCUUUCAUCCAGCCACAGCAAAACGAAAAGAAAAAAUCAUUCUUUCAUCAGCCACACCGAAAACGAAAAGAGCAGAAAAAUCAUUCUUUCACCCCCAAUACACAGCAAAACGAAAGCCAGAAAAUCCAUUCACUCAUCCAACCACACAGCCAAAACGAAGGCCAAUCCGAUUCUUUCGUCCAGCCACACAGCAAAACGAAAAGGCCGAAAAAGCAUUCUUUCAUCCAGCCACACAGCAAAACGAAAGGCCAGAAAAUCAUUCUUUCACACAGCCACAAAAAAGCAAAACGAAAAAUGAAAAUCAUUCUUUCACAGCCACACAGCAAAACGAAAGGCCAGAAAAUCGUUCUUUCACCCAUCCAUACAGCAAACGAAAGCCAGAAAAUCAUUCUUUCACCCAACCGCACGGCAAAACGAAAGCCCGAAAAAUCAUUCUUUCUGCCACAGCAAAACGAAAAGGCCAGAAAAUCAUUCUUUCGCCAGCCACUCAGCAAAACGAAAGGCCAGAAAAUCAUUCUUUGUAUUUUACACAGCAAAACGAAAGGCCAGAAAAAUCAUUCUUUCGUCACCCAACCACAGCAAAACGAAAGGCCAGAAAAUCAUUCUUUCAUCCAGCCACACAGCAAGGCAAAACAGAAAAAUCGUUCUUUCGUCAGCCACACAGCAAAACGAAGGCCGAAAAUAUUCUUUCAUCCAUCCACCACAGCAAAACGAAAAUGAGAAAAUCAUUCUUUCAUCCGGCCACACAGCAAAACGAAAGGCCGAAAAUCGUUCUUUCAUCCAAGGCCACACAGCAAAACCACAUCAAAACAGUGAAAAAAAUCUUCUUUCACCUCACCACAGCAAACGAAAGAUGCAUUCUUUCAUCCAAUAAAAAUCCAGUGUUCUUUCAUCCAGCCACACAGCAAAACGAAAGGCAGAAAAUCAUUCUUUCAUCCGAAGCCAUCCAAUACAGCAAAACCGAAAGGCCAGAAAAUCACAAUUUCCUUUCAUCCAGCCACGCAGCAAACGAAAGGCCAGAAAAUCAUUCUUUCAUCAACCACACAAGCAAAACGAAAGGCGAAAAAUCAUUCUUUCAUCCAGCCACAGCAAAACGAAAGAUGAAAAUCGUUCUUUCACCCAGCCACAGCAAAACGAAAGGCAAAAAUCGAGCCACACAGCAAAAUGAUUCUUCAAUCAUCCACGCAGCAAAGGCCAGAAAAUCAUUCUUUCACCAGCCACACAUCAAACGAAAGGCCGAAAAUCAUUCUUUCACCAGCCACAGCAAAACGAAGGCCAGAAAAUCCCACACAGCAAAACGAAGAAAAAUCGUUAACAUCCAGAAAAACGAAAAUUCUUUCAUCCAGCCACACAGCAAAAAGGCCAGAAAAUCAUUCUUUCAUCCACACAGCAAAACGAGCAGAAAAUCAUUAUUCGCAACCGCACAGGCCAGAAAAUCAUUCUUUCAUCCAGCCACACAGCAAAACGAAAGGCCAGAAAAUUGUUCUUUCAUCCAGCCACACAGCAAAACGAAAAACCAGAAAAUCAUUCUUUCGUCCAGCCACACAGCAAAACGAGGCCGAAAAUCAUUCUUUCAUCAGCCACACAGCAAAACGAAAGGCCAGAAAAACAUUCUUUCAUCAGCCACACAAGCAAAACGAAAGGCCAGAAAAUCAUUCUUUCGUCCACCACACAGCAAACGAAAGGCCAGAAAAUCAUUCUUUCAUCCAGCCACACAGCAAACGAAAGCAGAAAAAUCGUUCUUUCAUCCACCACAGCAAACGAAAGGCCAGAAAAUCGUUCUUUCGUCAACCACAGCAAAACAGCAAAACUCGUCAAGGCAAAAAAAUCAUUCUUUCUUAGCCACACAGCAAAACGAAAAAAUGAAAAAUCAUUCUUUCACUAUACACAGCAAAACGAAAAGGCCAGAAAAUGUUUCUUUCAUCAACCCACACAGCAAAACAAAGGCCAGAAAAUCGUUCUUUCAUCCCCAUACAGCAAAACGAAAGGCCAGAAAAUCGUUCUUUCACAGCCACCCAUCAAACAAAAUGAAAAUCGUUCUUUCACCCCAGCCACAGCAAAACGAAAAGGCCAGAAAAUCAUUCUUUCACCAGCCACCAGCAAACGAAAAGGCCAAAAAUCAUUCUUUCAUCAGCCACACAGCAAAACGAAGGGCCAGAAAAACAUUCUUUCAUCCAGGCACACAGCAAAACGAAAGGCCGAAAAAUCGUUCUUUCAUCCAGCCACACAGCAAAACGAAAGGCCAGAAAAUCAUUCUUUCAUCCAGCCACAGCAAAACGAAAGGCCAAAAAUUAUUCUUUCAUCCAGCCGCACAACAAAACGAAAGCCAGAAAAUCAUUCUUUCUUCCCAGCCACACAGCAGCAAAACGAAAGGCCGAAGAAAAUCCCACUGGCAAAACGAAAGGCCAGAAAAUCAUUCUUUCAUCCAGCCACACAGCAAAACGAAAGGCCAAAAAUCAUUCUUUCCACCCACACAGCAAACGAAAGGCCAGAAAAUCAUUCUUUUCCAGCCAAAUAAAACAGAAAAUCCACCACAGCAAAACGAAAGGCCAGAAAAUCGUUCUUUUCACCCAUACACAGCAAAACGAAAAGCCAGAAAAUCGUUCUUUCGUCCAACCACACAGCAAAACGAAAGGCCUGAAAAUCGUUCUUUCGCAACCACACAGCAAACGAAAACCAGAAAAUCAUUCUUUCAUCCAGCCACGCAGCAAAACGAAAGGCAAAAAUCAUUCUUUUUCCAGCCACAGCAAAACGAAAAGCCAGAAAAAAACAUUCUUUCAUCCAGCCACACAGCAAAACGAAAGCCGGAAAAUCAUUCUUUCACCCAGCCACACAACCGCAAAACGAAAGGGCCGAAAAUCAUUCUUUCAUCAACCACACAACAAAACAAGGCCAAAAAUCGUUUCUUUCCGCAGCCACCACAAAACGAAAGGCCAGAAAAUCAUUCUUUCACCCAGCCACAGCAAAACGAAAGGCCAGAAAAAUCAUUCUUUCAACUACACAGCAAAACAAAGGCCAAAAAUCAUUCUUUCCCCCAGCCACACAGUAAAACGAACUGCCAGAAAAUCAUUCUUUCGUCAACCACAGCAAAACGAAAAGGCCUGAAAAUCAUUCUUUCAUCCAGCCACACAGCAAAACGAAAGGCCAGAAAAUCAUUCUUUUCACCCAACCACAGUAAAAACGAAGGCCAGAAAAUCGUUCUUUCACCCAGCCACACAGCAAACAAAGCCAGAAAAUCAUUCUUUCAUCCAGCCACAGCAAAACGAAAGGCCAGAAAAUCAUUCUUUCCGCAGCCACACAGCAAACGAAAGGCCAGAAAAUCGCCAGAAAAUCAUUCUUUCUUAACCACCACAGCAAAACGAAAGGCCAGUCGUUCAUUCUUUCCCAACCACAGCAAAACGAGAAAGGCCAAAAAUCGUUCUUUCACCCAGCCACACAGCAAAACGAAAGGAAAAUCCUUUCACCCAACCACAGAAAAUCCAAUCUUUCUUUCGUCAACCACACAACAAAACGAAGGCCAGAAAAUCAUUCUUUCGCAAUACACAGCAAAACGAAAGGCCAGAAAAUCGAUGUUCUUUCGCAGCCACACGGUAAAACGAAAGGCCAGAAAAUCAUUUUUCACCCAGCCACACAGCAAACGAAAGGCCAGAAAAUCAUUCUUUCGCAAGCCACACAGCAAACGAAAAGGCCAGAAAAUCAUUCUUUCAUCCCAGCCAGAAAAACCACACACAGCAAAACGAAGGCCAGAAAAUCGUUUUCUUUCGCAGCCACAGCAAAACGAAAGGCCAGAAAAAUCAUUCUUUCACCAGCCACACAGUAAAACGAAAGCCGAAAAUCAUUCUUUCAUCAACCCACACAGCAAAACGAAAGGCCAGAAAACCAUUCUUUCAUCCAAUACAGCAAAACGAAGGCAGAAAAUCAUUCUUUCGCCCAACCACAGCAAACGAAAAGCCAGAAAAAUGUUCUUUCGCCACCACACAGCAAAACGAAGGCCAGAAAAUCGUUCUUUCAUCCAGCCGCACAGCAAAACGAAGGCAGAAAAUCAUUCUUUCACCCAGCCACACAGCAAAACGAAAGGCCAGAAAAUCACGUUCUUUCACCAGCCACAGCAAAACGAAAGGCCAGAAAAUCAUUCUUUCACCCAACCACAGCAAACGAAAGAAAGCCAGAAAAUCGUUCUUUCACCCAGCCACACAGCAAAACGAAAAGCCAAAAAAUCAUUCUUUCACCCACCACACAGCAAAACGAAAGGCCGAAAAUCAUUCUUUCAUCCAGCCACAGCAAAAACGAAAGGCCAGAAAAUCAUUCUUUCACCCAGCCACACAGCAAAACCGGGCCAGAAAAUCAUUCUUUCGUGUCCAGCCACAGCAAAACGAAAGGCCGAAAAUCGUUCUUUCAUCCAGCCACACAAAACGAAAGGCAGAAAAUCAUUCAUUUCGCCCCAGCCACACAGCAAAAAAUCACCGAGGUUUCAUCAGCCACACCUUCAAAACGAAGGCCGAAAAUCAUUCUUUCAUCCAGCCACACAGCAAAACGAAAGGCAGAAAAUCAUUCUUUCGUCACCCACACAACAAAACGAAAGGCCAGAAAAUCGUUCUUUCACCCAGCCACGGCAAACGAAAAGCCAGAAAAUCAUUCUUUCACCCACCACACAUAAAACAAAAGCCAGAAAAUCAUUCUUUCAUCAGCCACACAGCAAAACGCAAGCCAGAAAAUCGUUAUUCUUUCACCCAACCACACAGCAAAACGAAAGGCCAGAAAACCAUUCUUUCACCCAGGCACACAGCAAAACGAAGGCCAGAAAAUCGUUCUUUCACCCACCACACAGCAAAACGAAGGCCAGAAAAUCGUUCUUUCGUCCAGCCACAAAGCAAAACGAAAGGCCAGAAAAUCCAUUCUUUCACCCAUGCGAAGGCAAAACGAACAGCAAAAAAGAAAAUUUCUUUCGCAGCCACACACCAGCGACAGAACGGCCGGAAAACGUUCUCAUCCAGCCACACAGCAAAACGAAAAGCCUGAAAAUCAUUCUUUCAUCAGCCACACAGCAAAGCGAAGGCCAGAAAAUCAUUCUUUUUCACCCAGCCACACGCAAAAACGAAAGGCUGAAAAAUCAUUCUUUCACCAACCACGCAAAACGAAAAGGCCAGAAAAUCGUUCUUUUCACCCCAGCCGCUCAGAAAAACGGAAAGGCCAGAAAAAUCGAUGCUCAUCCAGCCACACAGCAAAACGAAAGGCCAGAAAAUCAUUCUUUCAUCCAGCCACACAGCAAAACGAAAGGCCAGAAAAAUCAUUCUUUCAUCCAGCCACAGCAAAACGAAAGGCCAGAAAAACAUUCUCAUCCAGAACCACAGCAAAAAUUGAAAGGCCAGAAAAUCAUUUUUCGCCACACGAAAACGAAAGGCCAGAAAAUUCAUUCUUUCACCCAGCCACACAGCAAAAACGAAAGGCCAGAAAAUCAUUCUUUUCACCCAGCCACACAAACAAAAACGCCAGAAAACCAUUCUUUCAUCCAGCCACACAGCAAAACGAAAGGCCAGAAAAUCAUUCUUUCACCCAGCCACUCACAGCAAACGAAAGGCCUGAAAAUCAUUCUUUCAUCCAUACCACAGCAAAACGAAAAGGCCAGAAAAUCAUUCUUUCACCCAGCCACACAGCAAAAAAAACGAAAGCCAGAAAAUCAUUCAUCCAGCCACCACAGCAAAACGAAAAUGAAAAUCGUUCUUUCACCCAGCCACACAGCAAAACGAAGGCCAGAAAUUCAUUCUUCACCAGCCACAGCAAAACAAGGCCCAGAAAAUCAUUCUUUCACCCAACCACAGCAAAACGAAAAGGCCAGAAAAUCAUUCUUUCACCCAGCCACACACCACACAGUAAAACGAAAGACGAAAAAUCAUUCUUUCAUCAGCCCACACAGCAAAACGAAAGGCCAAUCCGUUCUUUCAUCCAGCCACAGCAAAACGAAAAAACAGAAAAUCAUUCUUUCACCCAUCCACACAGCAAAACGAAAGGCCAGAAAAUCGUUUCUUUCACCCCAACCACACAGCAAAACGAAAGGCCAGAAAAUCAUUCUUUCACCAGCCACACAGCAAACGAAGGCCAGAAAAUCAUUCUUUCACCCAGCCACACAAAACGAAAACGAAAAAAUCGUUCUUUUCAUCAACCACAGCAAAACGAAAACCAGAAAAUCAUUCUUUCAUCCACCACACAGCAAAACGAAAGGCCAGAAAAUUAUUCUUUCAUCCACCACACAGCAAAACAAAGGCCAGAAAAUCAUUCUUUCAUCCCCACACAGCAAACAGCAAACGAAAGGCCAGAAAAUCAUUCUUUCACCCAGCCACACAGCAAAACGAAAGGCCAGAAAAUCAUUCUUUCAUCCAGCCACACAGCAAAACCAUUCUUUUCAAGCCACACACAGAAAAUCGUUCUUUCGUCAGCCACACAGCAAAACGAAAGGCCAGAAAAUCAUUCUUUCAUCCCAACCAAACAAAGGCCAAAAUGAAAACAACAAAACGAAGGCCAGAAAAUCAUUCUUUCAUCCACAGCCCACGAAAGGCAAAACGAAGGCAAAACGAGAAAAUCAUUCUUUCCCGGCCACACAGCAAAACGAAAGGCCAGAAAAUCAUUCUUUCAUCCAGCCACACAGCAAAAAAGGCGAAAAUCAUUAUUUCCGGCCACACAAAAACGAAAGGCCAGAAAAUCAUUCUUUCAUCCAGCCACACAGCAAAACGAAAGGCCAAGCCAAUCAGCCACAGCAAAAGCGAAAACCAGAAAAUGUUCUUUCAUCCAGCCACACAGCAAAACGAAGGCCAGAAAAUCAUUCUUUCACCCAGCCCGCACAGCAAAACGAAAGGCCAGAAAAACAUUCUUUCAUCCAGCCACACAAAAACGAAAGGCCAGAAAAUCAUUCUUUCAUCCAGCCACACAGCAAAACAGAAAAACCAGAAAAUCGUUCUUUCAUCCAGCCACACAGCAAACGAAAGGCGAAAUCAUUCUUUCAUCAGCCACACAGCAAAACGAAAGAAAAAUCAUUCUUUCGUCCAGCCACACAGCAAACGAAAAUCGGCCAGAAAAUCAUUCUUUCAUCCAGCCACAGCAAAACGAAAGGCCAGCCACAGCAAACGAAGGCCAGAAAAUCAUUCUUUCACCAGCCACACAGCAAACGAAAGGCCAAAAAUCAUUCUUUCAUCCACACAGCCACAGCAAAACGAAAGGAAAAUCAUUCUUUCACCCAGCCACACAGCAAAACGAAAGGCCAGAAAAGACCCCAGCCACACAGCAAAGCAAAGGCCAAGAAAAUCAUUCUUUCAUCAGCCACACAGCCGAGCCAGAAAAACCUUCUUUCAACAAAACGAAAGGCCAGAAAAUCAUUCUUUUCAUCCAGCCACACACAGCAAAACGAAAGGCCAGAAAAAUCAUUCUUUCACCCCAGCCACACAGCAAAAAACGAAAGGCCAGAAAAAACAUUCUUUCACCCCAGCCACACAGCAAAACGAAAGGCCAGAAAAUCAUUCUUUCAUCCAGCCACACAGCAAAACGAAAGGCCAGAAAAUCAUUCUUUCAUCCAGCCACACAGCAAAACGAAAGGCCAGAAAAUCAUUCUUUCACCCAGCCACACAGCAAAACGAAAGGCCAGAAAAUCAUUCUUUCACCCAGCCACACAGCAAAACGAAAGGCCAGAAAAUCAUUCUUUCAUCCAGCCACACAGCAAAACGAAAGGCCAGAAAAUCAUUCUUUUCAUCCAGCCACAGCAAAAAACGAAAGGCCAGAAAAUCAUUCUUUUCACCCAGCCACACAGCAAAACGAAAGGUUGUGAAAAUUAUUCUUUCAUCCAGCCACACAGCAAAACGAAAAGGCCAGAAAAUCAUUCUUUCAUCCAGCCACACAGCAAAACGAAAGACCAGAAAAUCAUUUUUCGGCCAUUAACACAGCAAAACGAAAGGCCAAAAAUCAUUCUUUCACCCAACCACACAGUAAAACAAAACGAAAGGCCACGAAAAUCAUUCUUUCAUCCAGCCACACAGCAAAACGAAAGGCCAGAAAAUCAUUCUUUUCAUCCAGCCACAGCCACAGUAAAACGAAAACGAAAGCCAAAAAUCAUUCUUUCACCCAGCCACACAGCAAAACGAAGGCCAAGCGUCCAUUCUUUCAUCCAGCCACACAGCAAAACGAAAGAAAAUCAUUCUUUCACCCAGCCACACAGAAAAUCAUUCUUUCAUCCAGCCACACAGCAAAACGAAAGGCCAGAAAAUCAUUCUUUCACCAGCCACACAGCAAAACGAAAGGCCAGAAAAUCAUUCUUUCCACCCAGCCACACAGCAAACGAAAGGCCGAAAAUCAUUCUUUCACCCAGCCACACAGCAAACGAAGGCGAAAAAUCAUUCUUUCAUCCAGCCACACAGCAAAACGAAAGGCGAAAAUCACAUUCUUUCAUCCAGCCACAGCAAAAAGAUGCAAAAUCAUUUCUUUCACCCCAGCCACACAGCAAAACGAAAAGCCAGAAAAUCAUUCUUUCAUCAACCCACACAGAAAACGAAAGCCAGAAAAUCAUUCUUUCAUCCAGCCACACAGCAAAACGAAAGGCCGAAAAUCAUUCUUUUCACCCAGCCACACAGCAAAACGAAAGGCCAGAAAAUCAUUCUUUUCACCCACGUAGGCACACAGCAAAACGAAAAAUGAAAAAUCAUUCUUUCAUUCAGUUACACAGCAAAACGAAAGCCGAAAAAUCAUUCUUUCAUCCAGCCACACAGCAAAACGAAAGGGGCCAGGGAAAAAAUCAUUCUUUCAUCCAGCCACACAGCAAAACGAAAGGCCAGAAAAAUCGUUCUUUCCCAGCCACACAGCAAAACGAAAGGCCAGAAAAAUCAUUCUACCCCAACCACACAGCAAACGAAAGGCCAGAAAAAUCGUUCUUUCACCCAACCACACACCUUAAACGAAAGGCCAGAAAAUCAUUAUUUCACGCAACCACACAGCAAAACGAAAAGCCAGAAGAAAAUCAUUCUUUCAUCAACCACAGCAAAACGAAGGCAAAACCCAAGGCAAACGAAAAUGAAAAUCAUUCUUUCAUCCAGCCACACAGCAAAACGAAAGGCCAGAAAAUCAUUCUUUCACCAGCCACACAGCAAAACGAAAGGCCGAAAAUCAUUCUUUCGCAGCCACAGCAACAAAAUCAGCUGCCCAACCACACAGCAAAACGAAAAGCCAGAAAAUCAUUCUUUCAUCCCAGCCACACAGCAAAACGAAAAAUCAUUCUUGGCAAAACGAAGAAAUCAUUCUUUCAUCCAGCCACACAGCAAAACGAAGGCCAGAAAAUCAUUCUUUCACCCAGCCACACAGCAAAACGAAAGAACAGAAAAUCGUUCUUUCGUCAUUCCACCACACCAGCAAAACGAAAGGCCAGAAAAUCAUUCUUUCACCCCAGCCACACAGCAAAACGAAAGGCCAGAAAAUCGUUCUUUCAUCCACCCCACCACAAAACGAAAAGGAAAAUCCAGAAAAUCAUUCUUUCACCCCAGCCACACAGCAAAACGAAAGGCCAAUCAUUCUUUCACCCAGCCAAAACGAAAGGCCAGAAAAUCUCAUUCUUUCAUCCAGCCACACAGCAAAACGAAAGGCCAGAAAAAUCAUUCUUUCAUCCAGCCACACACAGCAAAACGAAAAGGCCAGAAAAUCGUUCUUUCACCCCAACCACACACCACACAGCAAAACGAAGGCCAUUCUUUCAUCCAGCCAAAAUCAUUUCUUUCACCCAGCCACAGCAAAACGAAAGGCAAAAAUCAUUCUUUCACCCAGCCACACGGCAAAACGAAAAGGCCAGAAAAUCAUUCUUUCACCCACCCACAAUGCAAAACGAAGGCCAAAAAAUCAUUCUUUCAUCCAACCACAGCAAAAACGAAAAGCGAAAAAUCGACCCAGGCCAAGAAAACCAUUCUUUCACCCAGGCACACAGCAAAACGAAAGAGCCAGAAAAUCAUUCUUUUCACCCAGCCACACAGCAAAACGAAAGGCAAGAAAACCAUUCUUUCAUCCAGCCACACAGCAAAACGAAAAGCCAGAAAAUCAUUCUUUCACCCAGCCACACAGCAAAACGAAAGCCCGAAAAUCGUUCUUUCACCCAGCCACAAGUAAAACGAACGACCAGAGAAAAACGUUCUUUCACCCAGCCACACAGCAAAAAUCAUUCUUUCAUCCAGCCACACAGCAAAACGAAGGCGAAAAUCGUUCUUUCACCCAGCCACACAGCAAAACGAAAGGCCAGAAAAUCAUUCUUUCACCCAGCCACAGCAAAACGAAAGGCCAGAAAAUCAUUCUUUCACCCAGCCACACAACAAAACAAAAAAUCAUUCUUUCAUCCAGCCAAGGCCGAAAAAAAAAUCAUUCUUUCACCAGGCACACAACAAACGAAAAUCAUUCUUUCAUCCAGGCAAAACAAAGGCAAAAAUCGUUCUUUCACCCAGCCACACAGCAAAAACGAAAGGCCAAAAAUCAUUCUUUCACCCAUCCACCCCACAGCAAAACGAAAGGCCAGAAAAUCAUUCUUUCACCCAGCCACACAGCAAAACGAAAGGCCAAAGAAAAUCAUUCUUUCACAACCACACAGCAAAACGAAAGGCCAGAAAAACGUUCUUUCAUCCAACCACACAGCAAACAAAAAGCCAAAAAUCAUUCGACCCAACCCCUGUAAAACGAAAGGCGAAAAUCAUUCUUUUUCACCCAGCCACACAGCAAAACGAAAGGCCAGAAAAUCAUUCUUUCACCCCAGCCACACAACAAAACGAAAGGCCAGAAAAAAUCAUUCUUUCACCACACAGCAAAACGAAAGGCCAAAAUUCAUUCUUUCAUCCAUUUUAGAAAACGAAAGCCAGAAAAAUCAUUCUUUCGCAGCCACAGCCAAGGCCACAGCAAAACGAAAAUCAUUCUUUCGCAACCACAGUAAAAUCGUUCUCGUCAAUACCCCAGCCAAACAGCAAAGAAAAAUCAUUCUUUCAUCCAGCCACACAGCAAAACGAAAACGGCCAGAAAAAUCAUUCUUUCACCCAGCCACACAGCAAAACGAAAGGCCAGAAAAUCAUUCUUUCACCCAGCCACAGCAAACGAAAGGCCCAGAAAAUCGUUAUUUCACCCAUCCACAACCAAAACGAAAGGCCAGAAAAUCGUUCUUUCACCCCACACAGCAAAACGAAAGGCCAGAAAAUCAUUCUUUCAUCCACCACAAAACGAAAAACAAAAAUCAUUCUUCAUCCAGAACAGGCGAAAGGCCAAAAAUUGUUCUUUCAUCCAGCCACACACAGCAAAACGAAAGGCCAGAAAAAUCGUUCUUUCAUCCAGCCCACAGCAAAACGAAAGGCCAGAAAAUCAUUCUUUCAUCCAGCCACAGCAAAACGAAAAGCCAGAAAAUCAUUCUUUCAUCCAGCCACACAGCAAAACGAAAGGCCAGAAAAUCAUUCUUUCGGCCAGCCACACAGCAAAACGAAAGGCCAGAAAAUCAUUCUUUCGUCCAGCCACACAGCAAAACGAAAGGCCAGAAAUCAUUCUUUCAUCCAGCCACACAGCAAACGAAAGGCCAGAAAAUCAUUCUUUCAUCAGCCACACAGCAAAACGAAAGGCCAGAAAAUCGUUCUUUCAUCCAGCCACGGCGCAAAACGAAGGCCAGAAAAUCAUUCUUUCACCCCAGCCACACAGUAAAACGAAAAGGCCAUGAAAAUCAUUCUUUCAUCCAGCCACACAAAACGAAAGGCCAGAAAAUCAUUCUUUCACCCAGCCACAAAACAAAGCAAAACGAACAAGGCCCAGAAAAUCAUUCUUUCACCCAGCCACACAGCAAAACGAAAGGCCAGAAAAUCAUUCUUUCAUCCAGCCACACAGCAAACGAAAGGCCAGAAAAUCAUUCUUUCACCCCAGCCAAAGGCCAGCAAAACGAAACGAAAAGGCCAGAAAAUCAUUCUUUCAUCCAGCCACACACAGCAAAACGAAAGGCCAGAAAAUCAUUCUUUCAUCCCACACAGCAAAACGAAAAACAUUCUUUCAUCCUCACAGCAAAACGAAAGGCCAGAAAAUCAUUCUUUCAUCCAGCCACAGCAAAACGAAAGGCCAAAACGAAACAGCAAAAACGAAAGGCCAGAAAAACAUUCUUUCAUCCAGCCACACAGCAAAACGAAAGGCCAGAAAAUCAUUCUUUCAUCCAGCCACACACAGCAAAACGAAAGGCCAGAAAAUCAUUCUUUCACCCAGCCACACAGCAAAACGAAAGGCCAGAAAAUCAUUCUUUCAUCCAGCCACACAGCAAAACGAAAGAAAACAUUCUUUCCCAGCCAAAAAAACGAAAGCAAAACGAAAAGGCCAGAAAAUCCCAUUCUUUCACCCCAGCCAAAGGCCAAAAUCGCAAAAAAGACGAAAGGCCAGAAAAUCAUUCUUUCAUCCAGCCACACAGCAAAACGAAAAGCCAGAAAAUCGUUCUUUCACCCAGCCACACAGUAAAACGAAAAAUCAUUUUUCACCCAGCCACAGAAAAUCCAUUCUUUCAUCCAGCCACACAGCAAAACGAAAGGCCAGAAAAAAUCAUUCUUUCAAACACAGCAAAACGAAAGGCCAGAAAAAUAAUUCUUUCAUCACACAGCCACAUUCUUUCACCCAGCAAAACGAAAAGGCCAGAAAAUCAUUCUUUCAUCCCACACAGCCGACACAGCAAAACGAAAGGCCAGAAAAUCAUUCUUUCACCCAGGCACACCAGCAAAACGAAAGGCCAGAAAAUCAUUCUUUCAUCCAGCCACAGCAAAACGAAAGAAAAUCAUUCUUUCAUCCACAGCAAAACGAAAAGGCGAAAAUCAUUCUUUCAUCCAACCACACAGCAAAACGAAAGGCCAGAAAAUCAUUCUUUCAUCCACAGCCACACAGCAAAACGAAACGAAGGCCAGAAAAUCAUUCUUUCAUCCAGCCACACAGCAAACAAAGAAAAUCAUUCUUUCGCAACCACACAGCAAAAACGAAAGGAAAAUCGCCAGAAAAUCAUUCUUUCAUCCAGCCACACAGCAAAACGAAAGGCCAGAAAAUCAUUCUUUCACCCAGCCACACAGCAAAACGAAAAGAACAGAAAAUCAUUCUUUCAUCCAGCCACACAGCAAACGAAAGGCCAGAAAAUCAUUCUUUCAUCCAGCCACACAGCAAAACGAAAGGCCAGAAAAUCAUUCUUUCAUCCAGCCACACAAAAAGGCAAAAAUCGAGCCAAGGCCCAGAAAAUCAUUCUUUCACCCAGCCACACAGCAAAACGAAAGGCCAGAAAAUCAUUCUUUCACCCAGCCACACAGCAAAACGAAGGCCAGAAAAUCAUUCUUUCAUCCAGCCACACAGCAAAACGAAAGGCCAGAAAAUCAUUCUUUCAUCCAGCCACACAGCAAAACGAAAGGCCAGAAAAUCAUUCUUUUUCACCCAGCCACACAGCAAAACGAAAGGCCAGAAAAUCAUUCUUUCAGCCACACAGCCACACAGCAAAACGAAAGGCCAGAAAAACGUUCUUUCACCCAGAAAAAUCCACCAGCCACACAGCAAAACGAAAGGCCAUCCAGCCACAAAAAACGAAAGGCCAGAAAAAUCAUUCUUUCAUCCAGCCACACAGCAAAACGAAAGGCCAGAAAACCAUUCUUUCAUCCAGCCACACACAGCAAAACGAAAGGCCAGAAAAUCAUUCUUUCACACCCAACCACACAACAAAACGAAAGGCCAGAAAAUCAUUCUUUCACCCAGCCACACAGCAAAACGAAAGGCCAGAAAAUCAUUCUUUCAUCCAGCCACACAGCAAAACGAAAGGCCAGAAAAUCAUUCUUUCAUCCAGCCACACACAAAAACGAAAGGCUGAAAAUCCACCAGCAAAAACGAAAGGCCAGAAAAUCAUUCUUUCACCCAGCCACAGCAAACGAAAGGCCAGAAAAUCAUUCUUUCAUCCAGCCACACAGCAAAACGAAAGGCCAGAAAAUCAUUCUUUCAUCCAGCCACACAGCAAAAAACGAAAGGCCAGAAAAAUCGUUCUUUCACCCAGCCACACAGCAAAACGAAAGGCCAGAAAAUCGUUCAUUCAUCCAGCCACAGCAAAACGAAAGGCCAAAAAAUCAUUCUUUCACCCAGCCACAGCAAAACGAAAGGCCAGAAAAUCAUUCUUUCACCCAGCCACAGCAAACGAAAGGCCAGAAAAUCAUUCUUUCAUCCAGCCACACAGCAAAACGAAAGGCCAUCAUUCUUUCACCCAGCCACACACAAAAAACGAAAGGCCAGAAAAUCAUUCUUUCACCCAGCCACACAGCAAAACGAAAGGCCAGAAAAUCAUUCUUUCACCCAGCCACACCCACAGCAGCAAAACGAAAGGCCAGAAAAAUCAUUCUUUCAUCCAGCCACACAGCAAAACGAAAGGCCAGAAAAUCAUUCUUUCACCCAGCCACACAGCAAAACGAAAAGGCCAGAAAAAAUCAUUCUUUCAUCCAGCCACACAGCAAAACGAAAGGCCAGAAAAUCAUUCUUUCACCCAGCCACACAGCAAAACGAAAGGCCAGAAAAUCAUUCUUUCAUCCAGCCACACAGCAAAACGAAAGGCCAGAAAAUCAUUCUUUCACCCAGCCACACAGCAAAACGAAAGGCCAGAAAAUCAUUCUUUCACCCAGCCACACAGCAAAACGAAAGGCCAGAAAAUCAUUCUUUCACCCAGCCACACAGCAAAACGAAAGGCCAGAAAAUCAUUCUUUCGCAUCCAGCCACACAGCAAAACGAAAGGCCAGAAAAUCGUUCUUUCACCCCACACCAAAACGAAAGGCAGAAAAUCAAAACGAAACGAAAGGCCAGAAAAAUCAUUCUUUCAUCCAGCCACACAGCAAAACGAAAGGCCAGAAAAUCAUUCUUUCACCCAGCCACACAGCAAAACGAAAGGCCAGAAAAAUCAUUCUUUCACCAGCCACACAGCAAAACGCAAAGGCCAGAAAAUCAUUCUUUCACCCAGCCACACAAAAACGAAAGGCCAGAAAAUCAUUCUUUCACCCAGCCACAACGAAAAACGAAAAAAGAAAAUCAUUCUUUCCAGCCACACAGCAAAACGAAAGGCCAGAAAAUCAUUCUUUCACCCAGCCACAGCAAAACGAAAGGCCAGAAAAUCAUUCUUUCACCCAGCCACACAGCAAAAAAGGCCAAAAAUCAUUCUUUCAAACAGCAAAACGAAAGGCCAGAAAAUCAUUCUUUCAUCCAGCCACACAGCAAAACGCAAAAAUCGAACAGGCCAGAAAAAAUCAUUCUUUCAUCCAGCCACACAGCAAAACGAAAGGCCAGAAAAUCAUUCUUUCACCCAGCCACAGCAAAACAAAACCAGAAAAUCAUUUUUCAUCCAGCCACACAGAAAAAAACCAGAAAAUCAUUCUUUCAUCCAGCCACAGCAAAACGAAAAGCCAGAAAAUCAUUCUUUCAUCCAGCCAAAAAAACGAAAGGCCAGAAAAUCAUUCUUUCACCCAGCCACACAGCAAAACGAAAGGCCAGAAAAUCAUUCUUUCAUCCAGCCACAGCAAAACGAAAGGGCAGAAAAUCAUUCUUUCAUCCACACACAGCAAAACGAAAGGCCAGAAAAUCAUUCUUUCACCCAGCCACACAGCAAAACGAAAGGCCAGAAAAUCAUUCUUUCAUCCAGCCACACAGCAAAACGAAAGGCCAGAAAAUCAUUCUUUCACCCAGCCACACAGCAAAAACGAAAGGCCAGAAAAUCAUUCUUUCACCCAGCCACACAGCAAAACGAAAGGCCAGAAAAAUCAUUCUUUCAUCCCAGCCACACACAGCAAAACGAAAGGCCAGAAAAUCAUUCUUUCACCCAGCCACAGCAAAACGAAAGGCCAGAAAAUCAUUCUUUCAUCCAGCCACACAGCAAAACGAAAGGCCAGAAAAUCAUUCUUUCACCCAGCCACACAGCAAAACGAAAGGCCAAAAAUCAUUCUUUCAUCCAGCCACACAGCAAAACGAAAGGCCAGAAAAUCAUUCUUUCACCCAGCCACACAGCAAAACGAAAGGCCAGAAAAUCAUUCUUUCAUCCAGCCACACACAGCAAAACGAAAGGCCAGAAAAUCAUUCUUUCAUCCAGCCACACAGCAAAACGAAAGGCCAAAAAAUCAUUCUUUCACCCAGCCACACAGCAAAACGAAAGGCUAGAAAACCAUUCUUUCACCCAGCCACACAGCAAAACGAAAGGCCAGAAAAAUCAUUCUUUCAUCCAGCCACACAGCAAAACGAAAGGCCAGAAAAUCAUUCUUUCACCCAGCCACACAGCAAAACGAAAGGCCAGAAAAAUCAUUCUUUCAUCCAGCCACACAGCAAAACGAAAGGCCAGAAAAUCAUUCUUUCACCCAGCCACACAGCAAAACGAAAGGCCAGAAAAUCAUUCUUUCAUCCAGCCACACAAAAACGAAAGGCCAGAAAAUCAUUCUUUCAUCCAGCCACACAGCAAAACGAAAGGCCAGAAAAUCAUUCUUUCACCCAGCCAAACACAGCAAAACGAAAGGCCAAAAGAAAAUCAUUCUUUCACCCAGCCACACAGCAAAACGAAAGGCCAGAAAAUCAUUCUUUCACCCAGCCACACAGCAAAACGAAAAGGCCAGAAAAUCAUUCUUUCACCCAGCCACACAGCAAAACGAAAGGCCAGAAAAUCAUUCUUUCACCCAGCCACACAGCAAAACGAAAGGCCAGAAAAUCAUUCUUUCAUCCAGCCACACAGCAAAACGAAAGGCCAGAAAAUCAUUCUUUCACCCAGCCACACAGCAAAAACGAAAGGCCAGAAAAAUCAUUCUUUCACCCAGCCACACAGCAAAACGAAAGGCCAGAAAAUCAUUCUUUCACCCAGCCACACAGCAAAACGAAAGGCCAGAAAAAUCAUUCUUUCAUCCAGCCACAAAAAACGAAAGGCCAGAAAAUCAUUCUUUCACCCAGCCACACAAAAACGAAAGGCCAGAAAAUCAUUCUUUCCCAGCCACACAGCCAAACGAAAAAGGCCAGAAAAUCAUUCUUUCAUCCAGCCACAGCAAAACGAAAGGCCAGAAAAUCAUUCUUUCACCCAGCCACACAGCAAAACGAAAAGGCCAGAAAAUCAUUCUUUCACCCAGCCACACAGCAAAACGAAAGGCCAGAAAAUCAUUCUUUCACCCAGCCACACAGCAAAACGAAAGGCCAGAAAAAUCAUUCUUUCAUCCAGCCACACAGCAAAAACGAAAGGCCAGAAAAUCAUUCUUUCACCCAGCCACACAGCAAAACGAAAACGGCCAGAAAAUCAUUCUUUCACCCAGCCACACAGCAAAACGAAAGGCCAGAAAAUCAUUCUUCAUCCAGCCACAAAACAAAGGCAAAAAUCGAAAGGCCAGAAAAUCAUUCUUUCACCCAGCCACACAGCAAAACGAAAGGCCAGAAAAUCAUUCUUUCACCCAGCCACACAGCAAAACGAAAGGCCAGCCACCCAGCCACACAGCAAAACGAAAGGCCAGAAAAUCAUUCUUUCAUCCAGCCACACACAGCAAAACGAAAGGCCAGAAAAUCAUUCUUUCAUCCAGCCACACAGCAAAACGAAAGGCCAGAAAAUCAUUCUUUCACCCAGCCACACAGCAAAACGAAAGGCCAGAAAAUCAUUCUUUCACCCAGCCACACAAAGCAAAACGAAAGGCCGAAAGAAAAUCAUUCUUUCACCCAGCCACACAGCAAAACGAAAGGCCAGAAAAUCAUUCUUUCACCCAGCCACACACAGCAAAACGAAAGGCCAGAAAAUCAUUCUUUCACCCAGCCACAGCAAAACGAAAGGCCAGAAAAUCAUUCUUUCACCCAGCCACACAGCAAAACGAAAGGCCAGAAAAUCAUUCUUUCACCCAGCCACACAGCAAAACGAAAAAAAAUCAUUCGAAAGCAAAACGAAAGGCCAGAAAAUCAUUCUUUCACCCAGCCACACAGCAAAACGAAAGGCCAGAAAAUCAUUCUUUCACCCAGCCACACAGCAAAACGAAAGGCCAGAAAAUCAUUCUUUCACCCAGCCACACAGCAAAACGAAAGGCCAGAAAAUCAUUCUUUCAUCCAGCCACACAGCAAAAACGAAAGGCCAGAAAAUCAUUCUUUCACCCAGCCACACAGCAAAAAAGGCCAGAAAAAUCAUUCUUUCACCCAGCCACACAGCAAAACAGAAAAAAAUCAUUCUUUCACCCAGCCACACAGCAAAACGAAAGGCCAGAAAAUCAUUCUUUCAUCCCAGCCACACAGCAAAACGAAAGGCCAGAAAAUCAUUCUUUCACCCAGCCACACAGCAAAAACGAAAGGCCAGAAAAUCAUUCUUUCACCCAAACACAGCAAAACGAAAGGCCAAAAAUCAUUCUUUCACCCCAGCCACACAGCAAAACGAAAGGCCAGAAAAUCAUUCUUUCCCCAGCCACACAGCAAAACGAAAGGCCAGAAAAUCAUUCUUUCAUCCCAGCCACACAGCAAAACGAAAAUUAUUCUUUCACCCAGAAAAAACGAAAGGCGAAAAUCAUUCUUUCACCCCACACAGCAAAACGAAAGGCCAGCAAAACCACACAGCAAAACGAAAGGCCAGAAAAAUCAUUCUUUCACCCAGCCACAGCAAAACGAAAAGGCCAGAAAAUCAUUCUUUCACCCAGCCACACAUAAAACGUGAAAACGGCCAGAAAAUCAUUCUUUCACCCAGCCACACAGCAAAACGAAAAGGCCAGAAAAUCAUUCUUUCACCCAGCCACACAGCAAAAACGAAAGGCCAGAAAAUCAUUCUUUCACCCAGCCACACAGCAAAACGAAAGGCCAGAAAAUCAUUCUUUCACCCAGCCACAGCAAAACGAAAGGCCAAAAAAUCCAGCCACACAGCAAAACGAAAGGCCAGGAAAAAUCAUUCUUUCAUCCAGCCACAGCAAAACGAAAGGCCAGAAAAUCAUUCUUUCAUCCAGCCACACAGCAAAACGAAAGGCCAGAAAAUCAAAAGCAAAACGAAAGGCCAGAAAAUCAUUCUUUCACCCAGCCACACAGCAAAACGAAAGGCCAGAAAAUCAUUCUUUCACCCAGCCACACAGCAAAAAUCGAAAAAACGAAAGGCCAGAAAAUCAUUCUUUCCAGCCACAGCAGCAAAACGAAAGGCCAGAAAAUCAUUUCUUUCACCCAGCAAAAAAACGAAAGGCCAGAAAAUCAUUCUUUCACCCAGCCACACAGCAAAACGAAAGGCCAAAGAAAAAUCAUUCUUUCACCCAGCCACACAGCAAAAACGAAAGGCCAGAAAAUCAUUCUUUCAUCCAGCCACACAGCAAAAAACGAAAAUCAAAAUCAUUCUUUCAUCCAGCCACACAGCAAAACGAAAGGCCAGAAAAUCAUUCUUUCACCCAGCCACACAAAACGCAAAACGAAAGGCCAGAAAAUCAUUCUUUCAUCCAGCCACAGCAAAACGAAAGGCCAGAAAAUCAUUCUUUCAUCCAGCCACACAGCAAAACGAAAGGCCAGAAAAUCAUUCUUUCCAACCACACAGCAAAACGAAAACGGCCAGAAAAUCAUUCUUUCACCCAGCCACACAGCAAAACGAAAGAAAAACGCCUUUUCACCCAGAAAAAAACGAAAGGCCUGGAAAUCAUUCUUUCAUCCAGCCACACAAAACGAAAGGCCAGAAAAUCAUUCUUUCACCCAAACACAGCAAAACGAAAGGCCAGAAAAUCAUUCUUUCACCCAGCCACAGCAAAACGAAAGGCCAGAAAAAAAUCAUUCUUUUCACCCAGCCACACAGCAAAACGAAAGGCCAGAAAAUCAUUCUUUCAUCCAGCCACACAGCAAACGAAAGGCCAGAAAAUCAUUCUUUCACCCAGCCACACAGCAAAACAAAGAACAGAAAAUCAUUCUUUCAUCCAGCCACACAGCAAAACGAAAGGCCAGAAAAUCAUUCUUUCACCCAGCCACACAGCAAAAAACGAAAGGCCAGAAAAUCAUUCUUUCACCCAUCCACACAGCAAAACGAAAGGCCAGAAAAUCAUUCUUUCAUCCAGCCACACAGCAAAAAAGGCCAGAAAAUCAUUCUUUCACCCAGCCACACAGAAAAACGAAAAGCCCAGAAAAUCCAUUCUUUCAUCCAGCCACACAGCAAAACGAAAGGCCAGAAAAUCAUUCUUUCAUCCAGCCACACAGCAAAACGAAAGGCCAGAAAAUCAUUCUUUCAUCCAGCCACACAGCAAAACGAAAGGCCAGAAAAUCAUUCUUUCAUCCAGCCACACAGCAAAACGAAAGGCCAGAAAAUCAUUCUUUCAUCCAGCCACACAGCAAAACGAAAUCUUUCACCCAGCCACAGCAAAACGAAAGGCCAGAAAAUCAUUCUUUCAUCCAGCCACACAGCAAAACGAAAGGCCAGAAAAUCAUUCUUUCACCCAGCCACAGCAAAACGAAAGGCCAGAAAAUCAUUCUUUCACCCAGCCACACAGCAAAACGAAAGGCCAGAAAAUCAUUCUUUUUCAUCCAGCCACACAGCAAAACGAAAGGCCAGAAAAUCAUUCUUUCAUCCAGCCACACAGCAAAACGAAAGGCCAGAAAAUCAUUCUUUCAUCCAGCCACACAGCAAAACGAAAGGCCAGAAAAAUCAUUCUUUCAUCCAGCCAAAGCAAAAACGAAAGGCCAGAAAAUCAUUCUUUCAUCCAGCCACACAGCAAAACGAAAUGCCAGAAAAUCAUUCUUUCACCCAGCCACACAGCAAAACGAAAGGCCAGGAAAUCAUUCUUUCAUCCAGCCACACAGCAAAACGAAAGGCCAGAAAAUCAUUCUUUCAUCCAGCCACACAGCAAAACGAAAGGCCAGAAAAUCAUUCUUUCAUCCAGCCACACAGCAAAACGCCAGAAAAAAUCAUUCUUUCAUCCAGCCACACAGCAAAACGAAAUGCCAGAAAAUCAUUCUUUCAUCCAGCCACACAGCAAAACGAAAGGCCAGAAAAUCAUUCUUUCACCCAGCCACACAGCAAAACGAAAGGCCAGAAAAUCAUUCUUUCAUCCAGCCACACAGCAAAACGAAAGGCCAGAAAAUCAUUCUUUCAUCCAGCCACACAGCAAAACGAAAGGCCAGAAAUCAUUCUUUCAUCCAGCCACACAGCAAAACGAAAGGCCAGAAAAUCAUUCUUUCAUCCAGCCACACAGCAAAAACGAAAGGCCAGAAAAUCAUCCAGCCACACAGCAAAACGAAAGGCCAGAAAAUCUUUCAUCCAGCCACACAGCAAAACGAAAAGGCCAGAAAAUCAUUCUUUCAUUCGAAAGGCCAGAAAAUUCAUCCAGCCACACAGCAAACGAAAGGCCAGAAAAUCAUUCUUUCAUCCAGCCACACAGCAAAACGAAAGGCCAGAAAAUCAUUCUUUCAUCCAGCCACACAGCAAAACGAAAGGCCAGAAAAUCAUUCUUUCACCCAGCCACACAGCAAAACGAAAGGCCAGAAAAUUUCAUCCAGCCACACAGCAAAACGAAAAGCCAGAAAAUUCUUUCAUCCAGCCACACAGCAAAACGAAAGGCCAGAAAAUCAUUCUUUCAUCCAGCCACACAGCAAAACGAAAAAACCAGAAAAUCAUUCUUUCAUCCAAGGCCACACAUCCAGCAAAAAACGAAAGGCCAGAAAAUCAUUCUUUCAUCCAGCAAAACGAAAGGCCAGAAAAUCAUUCUUUCAUCCAGCCACACAGCAAAACGAAAUGCCAGAAAAUCAUUCUUUCAUCCAGCCACACAGCAAAACGAAAGGCCAGAAAAUCAUUCUUUCAUCCAGCCACACAGCAAAACGAAAGGGGCCAGAAAAUCCAUCCAAAAAAACGAAAGGCUUUCAUCCUUUCAUCCAGCACACAGCAAAACGAAAGGCCAGAAAAUCAUUCUUUCAUCCAGCCACACAGCAAAACGAAAAGGCCAGAAAAUCAUUCUUUCAUCCAGCCACACAGCAAAACGAAAGGCCAGAAAAUCAUUCUUUCAUCCAGCCACACAGCAAAACGAAAGGCCAGAAAAUCAUUCUUUCAUCCAGCCACACAGCAAAACUUUCAUCCAGCCACAGAAAACGAAAGGCCAGAAAAUCAUUCUUUCAUCCAGCCACAAAAAACGAAAGGCCAUUCUUUCAUCCAGCCACACAGCAAAACGAAAAAAUCAUUCUUUUCACCCAGGCCAGAAAAUCAUUCUUUCAUCCAGCCACACAGCAAAACGAAAGGCCAGAAAAUCAUUCUUUCAUCCAGCCACACAGCAAAAACGAAAGGCCAGAAAAAUCAUUCUUUUCAUCCAGCCACAGCAAAACGAAAAUGCCAGAAAAUCAUUCUUUCAUCCAGCCACACAGCAAAACGAAAGGCCAGAAAAUCAUUCUUUUCAUCCAGCCACACAGCAAAACGAAAGGCCAGAAAAUCAUUCUUUCAUCCAGCCACACAGCAAAACGAAAGGCCAGAAAAUCAUUCUUUCAUCCAGCCACACAGCAAAACGAAAGGCCAGAAAAUCAUUCUUUCAUCCAGCCACACAGCAAAACGAAAGGCCAGAAAAUCAUUCUUUCAUCCAGCCACACAGCAAAACGAAAGGCCAGAAAAUCAUUCUUUCAUCCAGCCACACAGCAAAACGAAAGGCCAGAAAAUCAUUCUUUCAUCCAGCCACACAGCAAAACGAAAGCAAAACGAAAGGCCAGAAAAUCAUUCUUUCAUCCAGCCACACAAAAACCAGCAAAACGAAAGGCCAGAAAAUCAUUCUUUCAUCCAGCCACACAGCAAAACACAGAAAAAAGGCCAGAAAAUCAUUCUUUCAUCCAGCCACACAGCAAAAACGAAAGGCCAGAAAAUCAUUCUUUCAUCCAGCCACACAGCAAAACGAAAGGCCAGAAAAUCAUUCUUUCAUCCAGCCACACAGCAAAACGAAAGGCCAGAAAAUCAUUCUUUCAUCCAGCCACACAGCAAAACGAAAGGCCAAAAAUCAUUCUUUCAUCCAGCCACACAGCAAAACGAAAGGCCAGAAAAUCAUUCUUUCAUCCAGCCACACAGCAAAACGAAAGGCCAGGAAAGGCCAUUCUUUCAUCCAGCCACACAGCAAAACGAAAAUGCCAGAAAAACCAAACAUUUUUCAUCCAGCCACACAGCAAACGAAAAGGCCAGAAAAUCAUUCUUUUCACCCAACACAAAAAACGAAAGGCCAGAAAAUCAUUCUUUCAUCCAGCCACACAGCAAAACGAAAGGCCAGAAAAUCAUUCUUUCAUCCAGCCACACAGCAAAACGAAAGGCCAGAAAAUCAUUCUUUCAUCCAGCCACACAGCAAAACGAAAGGCCAGAAAAUCAUUCUUUCAUCCAGCCACAGCAAAACGAAAGGCCAGAAAAUCAUUCUUUCAUCCAGCCACACAGCAAAACGAAAGGCCAGAAAAUCAUUCUUUCAUCCAGCCACACAGCAAAACGAAAGGCCAGAAAAUCAUUCUUUCAUCCAGCCACACAGCAAAACGAAAGGCCAGAAAAUCAUUCUUUCAUCCAGCCACACAGCAAAACGAAAGGGCCAGAAAAUCAUUCUUUCAUCCAGCCACACAGCAAAACGAAAGGCCAGAAAAAUCAUUCUUUCAUCCAGCCACACAGCAAAAACGAAAGGCCAGAAAAUCAUUCUUUCAUCCAACCACACAGCAAAACGAAAGGCCAGAAAAUCAUUCUUUCAUCCAGCCACACAGCAAAACGAAAGGCCAGAAAAUCAUUCUUUCACCCAGCCACACAGCAAAACGAAAGGCCAGAAAAUCAUUCUUUCAUCCAGCCACACAGCAAAACGAAAGGCCAGAAAAUCAUUCUUUCACCCAGCCACACAGCAAAACGAAAGGCCAGAAAAUCAUUCUUUCAUCCAGCCACAGCAAAACGAAAGGCCAGAAAAUCAUUCUUUCAUCCAGCCACACAGCAAAACGAAAGGCCAGAAAAUCAUUCUUUCAUCCAGCCACACAGCAAAACGAAAGGCCAGAAAAUCAUUCUUUCAUCCAGCCACACAGCAAAACGAAAGGCCAGAAAAUCAUUCUUUCAUCCAGCCACACAGCAAAACGAAAGGCCAGAAAAUCAUUCUUUCAUCCAGCCACACAGCAAAACGAAAGGCCAGAAAAUCAUUCUUUCCAGCCACACAGCCACAAAGCAAAAAUCAAUCCAGGCACAGAAAAUCAUUCUUUCAUCCAGCCACACAGCAAAACGAAAGGCCAGAAAAAUCCACCCAGCCACACAGCAAAAACGAAAGGCCAGAAAAUCAUUCUUUCAUCCAGCCACAGCAAAACGAAAGGCCAGAAAAUCAUUCUUUCACCCAGCCACACAGCAAAACGAAAGGCCAGAAAAUCAUUCUUUCAUCCAGCCACACAGCAAAACGAAAGGCCAGAAAAUCAUUCUUUCACCCAGCCACACAGCAAAACGAAAGGCCAGAAAAAUCAUUCUUUCAUCCAGCCACACAGCAAAAAAAGGCGAAAAUCAUUCCACCCAGACAAAUCAUUCUUCUUUCAUCAGCCACACAGCAAAACGAAAGGCCAGAAAAUCAUUCUUUCACCCAGCCACACAGCAAAACGAAAGGCCAGAAAAUCAUUCUUUCAUCCAGCCACACAGCAAAACGAAAGGCCAGAAAAUCAUUCUUUCAUCCAGCCACACAGCAAAACGAAAGGCCAGAAAAUCAUUCUUUCAUCCAGCCACACAGCAAAACGAAAGGCCAGAAAAUCAUUCUUUCAUCCAGCCACAGCAAAACGAAAGGCAAAACGAAAGGCCAGAAAAUCAUUCUUUCAUCCAGCCACACAGCAAAACGAAAGGCCAGAAAAUCAUUCUUUCAUCCAGCCACACAGCAAAACGAAAGGCCAGAAAAUCAUUCUUUCAUCCAGCCACACAGCAAAACGAAAGGCCAGAAAAUCAUUCUUUCACCCAGCCACACAGCAAAACGAAAGGCCAGAAAAUCAUUCUUUCAUCCAGCCACACAGCAAAACGAAAGGCCAGAAAAUCAUUCUUUCAUCCAGCCACACAGCAAAACGAAAGGCCAGAAAAUCAUUCUUUCAUCCAGCCACACAGCAAAACGAAAAUCGUUCCAGAAAAUCAUUCUUUCAUCCAGCCACACAGCAAAACGAAAGGCCAGAAAAUCAUUCUUUCACCCAGGCACACAGCAAAACGAAAGGCCAGAAAAUCAUUCUUUCACCCAGCCACACAGCAAAACGAAAGGCAAGAAAAUCAUUCUUUCAUCAUCAAAACAAAGCCACACAUCCAGCCACACAGCAAAACGAAAGGCCAGAAAAUCAUUCUUUCACCCAGGCACACAGCAAAACGAAAGGCCAGAAAAUCAUUCUUUCACCCAGCCACACAGCAAAACGAAAGGCCAGAAAAUCAUUCUUUCAUCCAGCCACACAGCAAAAUGAAAGGCCUGAAAAUCAUUCUUUCAUCCAGCCACACAGCAAAAGACAAUUAA